UUUCUUCUAUUUCUCUUAGAGGGACUUUCAAAGAGGAGAUAUUUUUCUUUGUCAACUCAGAUGUUCAGGUUUAUUUUGAUUCUCUUAGCUUUCUGAUUCACAUUAUUAGAUGUGGUGUGCAAACAUUUACUUUAAGAUGUGGAUGUGGAUUCUGAUUAGUCUUAACAUCAUCUCAAAGCUGCAUGGGUAUUCAGGGGGUUACUUCCCAGAAGCAUGUGACUCAAUGUUACCCGAUCAUAAUGGUGCAGCUCCUCAAACCACAAACCCCCCCUUCAUGGUUGAAUAUGUGCCCGGCAGCUAUCCUGGAGAGCCUGUUACAGUUUUGCUCAAGAGCGAGGAAUCCACAUAUUUUAGAGGGUUUAUGUUAGAGGCUCGAGAGGUUGCAGAUGAAACACGUCUUACUGGAAGAUUUGUUCUACUUGAGCCUGACAACACUCAACUCCUGACAUGCGGUGUUUUGGAAGAUUCAGCUGUUAGUCACACACUUAAUCACAGAAAAACUUUGAUCCGAGUUAACUGGACUGCGACAGAAGCAGAGCAGGACAUCAUGUUCAGAGCAACAUUUCUUCAGCAAAGGGUAAAAUUCUGGGAAAAUGUGAAUAUCAUCUUACCUCAGCGCACUACUACUACAACUACUACACCGGAAACAACUACUACACCGGAAACAGCUGCUACACCGGAAACAACUACUACACCGGAAACAGCUGCUACACCGGAAACAACUACUACACCAAGCACCACAAAGGGCAACACCAACAUAGAAGAACGAGCAGGUAUUGCACUGAUGUGUUUUGAUUGUGUUUUGGUGGCAGAGAUGAAAGUAAUAUCCAAUAUAGGCAAAGUCUUACUGGCCAGUGAGGCUGUUUUUCAUCAUAUAAAUAAGGUGUGUAAGGUAGCAGGCAACGUCCUCUGUGUGGCUGUUGAAAUCUCAUCCCUGAUCUUGUUUAGUAUCGGUGAUUCCUCCAAGGUCAUCUUCUUUGCUCUUGUGUGUGUGAUGAUAGUGAUUAAUUUCACUGGAACAGUAAUUUUGUCUCUGGGGAUUAGAAGUGGUCCUGAAAGAAGGAAGAUUUGUGAAUACGCUGCCAAUGUUUGUUUUGUUAUCCAUAAUAUAUUUACAAUUGCUGUCAUAUUUCUUGGUGUUAUGGAGAAUGAGUGCGGAAAUAACGUGAGGGACUCUUGGCUUCUGAAAGUGAUGAUUGCUUUCACAGUAUGGGAUUUCCUGAAUGUAAUCUGGAUUGUCAUUUUGAGCAGUGAAAAACGAGGCCAUUUAGGAACGAGCGAGAGAAACAAGCAGCAAGUUCAUGUCUGUUUUUCUCAUUUCCAGAGGAGACUCAGAGAUGUUGUUGUUAAUAUUGUGUCAGUAAUCCUCUUCGCUGGAGCCAUUUCUUUUUCUAUAGCCAUCAUUGUUGGUAUAUUUACUUGUCAGAAACAAUAGUUUUGUGGUUUGUUUGAAUCACAAUCAGAUUUCUCUUACAGUUUAUAUAUAGUAUGGUUACAUCACACUGAUCAUAUCACACUGUUUACCUGCUGCUUCCUCAUUUAAUGCAAGUAGUGCUUGAGGGUCUUAUUUAUUGUAUCUCGUAAUUUUUCAAUACACCAGGCAGACUACACAGACUGCAUAUUGCUUUAGCACACUACAGGGGCGAUUCUAGGAUCAGAGCUUUGGGGGUACUGAGCACCCAGAGAGCUGCCCAGCCAGGCAAGAUAAACU